GCCCGGCGUGCUCGCCUAGCCGGCAUCUACCUUAACCUCACUUCAGACUCCUCGUAAUCACUGGGCACCGGGCUAGAAGCUGUGCUUGGCAGACUUGCGACAAUGUCGAUGCUGGCGGAGCGUCGGCGGAAGCAGAAAUGGACUGUGGAUCCCAGAAAUACUGCGUGGAGUAAUGAUGACUCCAAGUUUGGCCAGAGGAUGCUUGAGAAGAUGGGGUGGUCUAAAGGAAAGGGCUUGGGGGCUCAGGAACAAGGAGCCACAGAACAUAUUAAAGUUAAAGUUAAAAAUAACCACCUUGGACUUGGAGCUACAAACAAUAACGAAGACAACUGGAUUGCUCACCAGGAUGACUUCAACCAGCUUUUGGCGGCACUCAACACUUGCCACGGUCAGGAAACAGCCGAUUCCUCAGAUAACAAAGAAAAGAAAUCUUUUAGCCUUGAAGAAAAAUCCAGAAUCUCCAAAAACCGGGUUCAUUAUAUGAAAUUCACAAAAGGGAAGGAUCUGUCCUCUCGGAGCAAAACCGACCUGGAUUGCAUUUUUGGGAAAAGGAAGAGCAAGAAGCUUGCUCAGGAUGGCUGCAGCAACUCUACUGUGGAUGAGAUAGAUACCUCCAUGACCACGACCACAACCAGUGCCUUCACCAUCCAGGAGUAUUUUGCCAAAAGGAUGGCCCAAUUAAAGAGUAAGCCACAGGCCUCAGCUCCAGGGCCUGACCUUUCAGAGACCCCUGUUGAAUGGAAAAGGGAGAAGAAAAAAAUCAAAGAGGCAGUAGGCACAGAUAUAGAGAACUCUCCCCAACACAGGGCCAAGCGGCAUAAAAAGAAAAAGUGUGCGGAAACAGAGAGGGAUCCAGUGGCCAAAAAGAGAGAUGGAGCUGAGCUGCAACCUGCAGGCCCCAGUGAGGACGAGUGCUCCAGUGCCUCUGUCGAAGCUGCAGAAGAUUGUGUUUGUACCCAUGAUGAUGCCCCAAAGCCCAAGAAGAGGAAAACAAAGAAAAAGCCGCAAAGGCCAGGAGAGGUAGCAGUAGACGCCACACUAGACAAAGCACCUGUGAAAAAGAAGAAGAAAGCUUCCAGAUGACCUCUCGCUAGCCAGGGCCUCCGACCGCUCAGCUGUCAGCACACUGCAGGGCAAAUGCUCUGGCCUGAAGUCAGAGCACAGUGAACCCCAGGCAGCUCAGCAUCUUUUAACGUGCCCACAGGUUGCUGGCUCUGGCUGUUGUCUGAUCACCACAUUUCCCACAAGUCCUCUUCCUGAGAGAACUGAUUUAAAUGAUCCAGAUCAUGGCUUUCAAUAAAUAAAAUAAAUUUCAAUAAACAAA